AUGGUCUCCACAGCUACAUUGCGAGUGAUGAGUGUGAUGUGUUGUCUGCUGGUGGUGACUCUGGCCAGACCAGAGGCUGCUCCUACUGCUGGCUCAGGCUAUGGUGGCUAUAGUCGUGGAUAUGGCGGCUAUGGUGGUGGAUAUGGCGGUUAUGGUGGAGGAUAUGGUGGAUAUGGCGGCUAUGGUGGAGGAUAUGGCGGUUAUGGUGGAGGAUAUGGUGGCGGUUUGGGUGGAUUUGGCGGCCUGGGAGGAUAUGGUGGUGGUUUCCGAGGCUUCGGAGGUGGUUUCGGAGGUUAUGGAGGCGGUUAUGGAGGCGGCUAUGGAGGAGGCUAUGGAGGAGGCUAUGGAGGAGGCUAUGGAGGAGGCUAUGGAAGAGGCUAUGGAGGAGGCUACGGGUAUGGCCGCUAA